AUGAGCUCGAAUGUCCUCGACCCAGCCGCUCUCAUCUCCACCCUUCCCAACCUUCUUCCUACCACAAGGAAGAGACUCGAGUAUCCUCAAGAUGCGCUCGCUGCCAUAAUACACACAACCAUGUUUGCUUUGGGCUUUCGUCUAAUUGGAGUUGACGAGGCCUCUCCAGCUCGCACCAUUUUGAAUAGCGUGCUUCCGGACGAAUGGAAUCAGCAUGCUCCAGGUAAUUAUACUUUUAGAUACAGGCAUGAACAGAGUAGCCUCGAGUUUAUUGUGAAGAUUGUCAAGCUGGGGUCUCGGACUCUCGUCAAUUCAAUCGCCGUCGAGAGCGAUAAAGCGGCCACUCUUGACAUCUCUACAAACGAUUUUGUAUCGCCGUCCUUCUUCCCGCAUGACCUGAGCUCGCCGGAUGCUCAGCCACUCAUACAUGGCUUUAUUUCCUCGAAUCGAGUAGCCGAUCUCAUGUCUCAGUACAAGCUUACAACGGUGCAAAAACUAAUUCCCGGCUUGCGCAAAGAGGGAUACACGGAGCAGUCCGCUGAUCCACCUAUCAGCGCUGGAGGCAGUCAGCCCAGAGCCGAUGUACCCCCUCCUGCGAGACCAACACCUGUUGAGCCGCCGUAUGCGCCCGAUCGCUCCAGGCUAUAUACUCCACCCCGAAAUCCCCUUGAAAUUGGUAGGCGUGACUUGGAUCCUUUCCCUCGCAGUCCAUUUGCGCCGCCUUCGCUUUUCCCUGACAAUGGAGACGAUGGAAUGUUUGUUGGGCCUAACCAUCCUAUAUUUGGUCCUGGGAUGAGGGGCCAGGGACCAGGUGGACGGGGUCCUUGGGGAGGUGAUGGUAUUCUUCCUCCAAUGGGUGCCCCUCCAGGGGCACGGUUCGAUCCCGUUGGUCCAGGUCUAGGGCGCCUGCCUGGCUUUCCUGUUCGACCUCCUCCUGGCCCCGGUAGUGGCGGAGGAACAGCUGGAGGGGGGAAUAUGCACGAUCCUGAUAACGACGAACUUAUGCCUCCUGGAGCGGGUGAUAUGUUUCUCUGA